AUGCUGCCUGGCGCAUUACCGCCUCUCCCGCGGGCAAAUGUUCUGGACAUCAAGUACGACCUGGAGAAAAGGAGAGAGUGGGAGUCGACGAGGACGAGGAUCGGCGAUGAGCAUGCAGGCCUAGCCAAGUCUCCUUUCGUCACGAGUCUUUACAUGCAGGCAGAUCGCCAUGACCAUGAGGAUGUUGUUUCCCAGCAGCCCGUCCAUGAGCUUCUGCCGUCGUUUCAAGAAAUUAGGUACCUGAUCGAACAGCAUCGGAAAUCUGCUUUCAACUCGGAGUCAAACAAGGAUGGCAACACUGUAUCAACCCCGCAGACUACGACUGGGCUCUUAGUCAAACCGGACGCGACCAAUGAUGGUGUAGGCCGCGUGACGAGCUACAUUAGCGGGAGUCCAGCUGACCUGAGCGGGGAGAUCAACGUGGGAGAUGUGCUUGUAGCUGUGGAUGGACUGCCGUUCAGUCACCCCGAGGCUCUUGUCCGGAUGAGAGGAGGAAACCUGUUGAGAUCCAUCGGGACUCAAAUCCGCCUGACGAUCCAGCGGCCGGGCCAUGGCGACGCGUUUGAUCUGACUCUUGUCAGAGACUCGUUUUCCUCAGUCAAGAUCAAGAGAGAUAUCUUUGAAGCGAUCUACUCCGCCCUUGAAACGUCAGAUGAUGCACUUGAAACUGACGGGCAAGCAGCGAUGCUUGAAGACUUUGCCAGCACCAUACGAGAGAAACUGAUAGACCUUGAGAAAUCACACGUGGAUUCCUUGCAGGCGCUUCGAUCUCAGAUAUUGGGAACUGAAUCUUUGAUGGAUCAAGUGGCCAUGGCAGCAGAUCGAGCAGUCGAAGAGGUUCAACAAGUUGUCGCCGAGCACAAGUUUGCGGGAAGCAACCAUGCAACAAGUAUGCAACAUAACGACAACACUGCAAGUGAUCAGAGCUUACGACUGGUCAUUGAUAAUCUUCAAACCAAAUGCAAACACCUUGAGGAGAAACUGAGAGAGAAAGAGAGCUUCACUUACGUUCAACGGGACUCAGAAGUUUACGACAAGGAAGUGCUAGAUCUGCAGUCCGACAUACAUGCACACGAGGUAGUGACGAUGAAGACUGAGAUCAUCAGCCUCCAAACUUCCAUAGAAGAAGAGAGAAAGAGACAUCUAGAGGAGAUUGCGAGCAUGAAGCAGGUCAUAUGGCUGCAUGCGAUCCGUCGCUGGUUGAACAACUCUUGCCGAUACGUCAUGAGGGGGUGGUACUACUCCUGCCAGCAAGUGAAAGCCACCAGAAGAUGCGGUGAAGUGCUCAAAACCAAGUACUGGAGGAGCCUGACGAAGCAUGCCCUUUCGUGCUUCUGCAAGUAUGUUGACCGCGAGCACAAGCACCAGCACUUGGGCGUGGCGAUCACGUCUCGACGGAUUUUUGGGAAUGCGAGAAGGUGGAUAGACGUAUGGAAUGAGCUUGCACAGGGCAAGAAACUGCAGCGCAGGUUGACUGAGACGAUCUCCAGUCGAAGAUUGCGAUCUUGGUUUGUUUGUCUGAGGAAGAGGGUCCGAGAGUUGAGGUCCGACGGCCAGCCCAGGCCGCAAGGGACUCAGUCAGAUCCAACGGUCAGUGCCCCUGAGCAGAAGCAAACGCAUGAUGUAGAUUGCCAAGUCAAGUGCGACUUUAUGUCUGUCGAGACCCAGUGCGAUCAGGCGCAUCCUACUGCAUCAGAGGAUGUAGGCUGCCAGUGUGAACUGAGCCGCAAUCAUUUCCAUGGGCCCGACAUUUCUCUGUCAGGAGCAGAGUCACAGAAGAAGCAGGAGGAAUCUAGUGCUCGGCUGGAGCUGGACCUCUUGACCGAAGCCUUGUUCAAAGCACAAGAAACCAUCAAGUACAAAGAUGAGUUGUUGAGAGACGCAUACUCAGCCGACAUGGAUCUGAAGAAUGCUCUGCAAAACAUGCACAACCAAUUCCAGAAGGCCAAGCGAGAAGCCGAUGAUGAGAGGAGAAAUGCUACCAGGCUGACGUACGAGGUUGAAAGGUUGGAAUCUCGGAUAUCCUCCCUUCGUGAGGAGAGAAAUUCACUGAGGGAGCAAGUAGAGGACGGAAGGAGUUCAGCGAAGCAUGAUUCCCAGGAUUGGGGGAGGAACUGCGGGAAAUGCAGCAUGCAGGAAUUUGAAAAUACUAUCAGCUCCAGGAUAAGAUCUCCUCAGCCUUUGACACUGGAACCGCUCUCCUCCAGCACCCUGCUGAGCAGACGGAAUGGCGGCGGGUUGAUCGACGGUCCAUCUCAGGGCGAGAGAGGGGAGGAUGUGCUGGACAGACAGAGACAAGGAGGCUCGAAGAGGUCGUGGAUCCUGUGCCUGAACAAAGCUCUGACUCGACAGAGUCGUAUGAUCGGAAAAUCGUUUCGACUUUGGCGGGCGGCGGCUAGGGAUGCCGUUGUGUCCCGCAGGAUGAGAACGAACUUGGUCCGCAGGCAGUAUCUUUCCAGGGUAUCCGAUUACUUCGAUAUGUGGUUUCAUACCAUCCUGUACUUGAGACACAUCUGGAUUGUGCACUCUGUCAUGAUACAUAGAAAUCAAAAGAAAAUCAGCAAGAAGGCGAUUGCUGUGUGGCGACAUCACUCUCGGAGUGAGAAAGCAAUCAUAAUCAAGCUGGAAACCUUUGAAAGCAGGAAGCUGCUGUGGAGAAAACGAGCCGCCUUCUCCAGCUUUGGGUUGUUCCUGCUUCGGAGCACGCGCGGCAACACGUCGCAGAGCAACAGACUCCAGGGCCUCGUCAGGGAAAUCUCAACGUCAUGGAAGAAGAUCACGGUUCUCAAACAACUGGGCCCCAAAGAAGAGAAGCAGGUCGCCAAGUUCGAGAUGGCGUUCAAGAGCGCUGAGAACGUCAUUCUCGAGCUCUGCUCCAGGCUGCAGGUCAUGGAGUCAAGAAUGAGACAAAAGGCGGAGAUGUCGAUCUCGCCGACCAAGACGGAGCCGCUCAACACAACCUUCAGUCCACAGAUUGCCCGUCAUGCUCCUCCGGCGCCCGGAGAUGUCUUGGCCUCCCAUGCUCAAGGGCGAGGGAAGAGGAGGAAGGAAUUCCUCCUCAAGGCUGGAUUGCCUUCAAGCCGAUCGAACAACUUGGGGACCGUCGAGCCCAGCAUGAGCUCGGUUAUUGCUCUCAUCCUCAGGCGCGAUGUUCCGUCAACCCCCAGCAACUACACCACUGGACCUGGACAGGAUGGGAGGAGGAGCAACAUUCUGGUCGCCAAGUCGCCAGGGCUGCUGACACCGAGUGGCAAAGGGAUCGAGAUAGACGAGAACAGCGACCCAAACUUCCGCAUCUGCUGA